UUAUAGUAUUGUACACAGGAGGGCUGUUACAUCCUUCCCUUUAUAGUUAUGACAAAUACCCAAUCUGAAAUUCCUGGAGAAAAGGAAUGCAGAGCCCCUCCCGCACCUUUGAUGACAUUUGCUUCAUGUGAAUAUAUAUAUAUAUAUAUCACCAAUGUAGAUUAACUUUCUUAUCCAGGCACUUCAAAAAGUGGCAUCAGACUGUAAGGGAUCACCAAGAUUGCUGGAUCUGACUUCCCUUUCUCUUCCCCCCACUUCUCCCCACACUGGUUCUGUGAUUAGGGUGACCAGAUGUCCCAAUUUUAUAGGGAUAGGCCCAAUUUUGGGGGCUUUUUCUUAUAUAGGUACCUAUUACCCCCGAUCCCCCUCCAGAUUUUUUACACUUGCUAUCUGGUCACCCUAUUCUAUGACCCUCUGAAAAGGCUGAGGUUAGGAUGGCAUUGUGUGGGGUCCAUAUUCAUUGAGUCUGGAUCAAAUUUAUAAAUGAAGUUUGGUUCUCUCUCCCCCUCCCCCUGCCCCCCAUCUGGCAGUCCAACCAACUCAGUCUGGGAUCUGAGUCAACUUACUACCCCAGUCACAAAAUCUACUUGCUCUUUGCAUCAUCACAGGUGAUAAGACUGCAGCCUCAGCUGAUAUUAUUUGGGGCAGUGUCAACACACAUUUUUAUUCACUAUUUGUUUAUGAUACAGCCUGUAAUGUGCUAAUAUUUUCUAGACCCUGAAGAAGGGACUAUCUCUGGCCUAAGGAACUCAUGGUCUAAAAACAGAGACCAACUGAGGAUGGAGAACAAAAAGAGGGACUUCAUAUACAGGUUACCAAGAUUCCCCAUAUGCUGCAUGGCAGAAGUGGGAUUUUGAAGAGGGACUUUGAUGUGGACAGGGUAUGGGCCUUAUGGACAGGAAGUUUGGUUGCCCCAUGCCUAGGUACCCUUGAGGGAGAAGGCCCAGACUCUCAAAGGGAUGUGGGAGCCUAAAGAAGCAGAAAGGCUAGAAUACCCACUAAAAUUCCUAGAGGAAAGAAAGUAAGAGCCGCUCCCCAGCCUACGAUGACAUUGGCUUCAUGUGCAAGAAGCUGACAAACAGAUGAGCAAGGCGCGGGGGCAACAUGAAGCCUGACAUGGUCAUAUAAGUAGGGGGGAGCAGACUUGUACAAGCUGGAGGAGCUGACAAGAAGUUUAACUUUGAUGCAGUAGCAGAUGGGGGAGAGGGGAGGGGUGUCCAGUGAAGGGAUUUUUGUUUUGUUUUGUUUUGUUUUUUGAGAGAGAGGAGUUCAGCUGCAUUUUGUAUGAACUGAAGGGGAGGCGCAUGUCUGUGUGUAAAAGUAAUAUGGUAGGUGAGACAGAUGCUGAGGAGGAGAAAGCAUCAGGAUUUGGAUCUGACCAAGAUGUGUAGGGAAAUGGAGGAGGGUCCAGGCCCAGGGAGGAUGGUGGCAGUGAUAUCAGUAACAGAGAGAGGCAGUGGAGAUGGAUUGAGAGGGAAGAUCAGGAGUUUGGCUUUGGUUGUACUAUGUUUCCAUUCAGGAGAUGGCUGAGAUGCGGGCUGAGAAGUGAGAGCGGAUGGGAAGAGAAACAGUCCCUGCCCUGAAUGUACAAUUGGAAGUGCACUCUCUGUGACAGCUGUGUGCUGCCAUUGUCACCCCAGGAUUCUUCCAAGUGCUCCCAUCCUGCAAAGACUUCAACUGACUUUAUGACUAAAGGAGAAGGUCUCAGAAUGGGGGACAAGGCCAGGAUGCAGCACGGAGACCCUGAGGGGAGGGAGGAGGAAGAGAGAAGGUGGAGCUCCAGGAGUUACAAUGUAGGGGCCGUCUCCAGCUUCCUCUCUACCCUUGUGACCUUCCCCAUCUACAAGACCAUCUUCCGCCAGCAGAUCCAUGCCUUUUCCAUACAGAAGGCCAUACAGCAACUGCGCCAGGAGGGCAUGCGCCGCUUCUACCGGGGCCUCUUCCCACCACUCUUGUCCAAGACGCUCCAGGGAACCCUGUUGUUUGGCACCCAUGACAGCUUGCUCCUUCUCCUCACCAGCAACCCUUCUGAGCCUUGCACGCUGGGGGAGCGGUGGACAGCAGGAUUCCUGUCUGGCUUAGUGGAGGCUUUAGUCCUAAACCCCUUUGAGCGGGUCCAGAAUGUCCUGCAAGAUGGACGGAAAGAUGCCAGGUUCCCAAACACCCGCAGCAUCCUGCGGGAAUUCAACUCAUAUGGUCUGAAGGAAAGGCUGGUUGUAGGCUACUAUCGUGGCCUCAGCCCCGUCCUGCUGCGGAACAGCCUGGGCAGUGCACUGUACUUCUCUUUUAAGGAUCCCCUCCGUGAUGGCCUGGCCACGAGGGGCUUGCCUAGCUGGCUCCCUGCCCUGGUGUCUGGCAGUGUUAAUGGGACGGUGACUUGCCUGGCAUUGUACCCUCUGAGUGUCCUCAUUGCCAACAUGCAGUCACAGGUUGUGGGGAGGGAUCUCCUCGGCCUCUGGCAGUCUGUGUGGUCUGUCUGGGAGUCGCACGGGAGGAAGCUGACUCUUCUCUAUCGGGGCGGCUCCCUCCUUGUCCUCAGGUCCUGCCUGACAUGGGGUCUCACCACUGCCAUCCAUGACUUCCUGAAAGAGAACACAGGGCAGAAGUCCCUGGUGGAAUAAGGGGAGAGGCCAGAGAACCAUUGGCCCUGACAUUUCUAGUGUCAUGUCUCAGAGCCCUGAGGACUUCGAAUGGGAUUUCGCUUGUUUACAAAGAGGCCCUGAAGCUCAUAGUCAAUAAAACUUUAACACACAAGCUAAACCUCCAACCUACAGGUCAAAGGUCAUUCUCUGAGGCCAUACUUUCAAGAUCAAGGAGCAACUUUGGGGAGGUGGGAAGGGGACUUACCAAUCAGAAAGUUGCUUGGUUGUUGUUUUUUUAAACAGCCUUUUAAUAAGCUGGAGUUUCGUGUUCUGUGGCAACCUGGAGUGAGCCAAACCCUGCCUGCAAAAGGCUGAUCUGAUCCUAUGUUUGUGGUGGUGCCUGUUCUCUCCUAGUCUAAGCACAGGAUGGAGAAUCAGGUGAGCAGGGUUCUGUUCCGAGCUGUGCCACUGUAACCUCGUAAAAACAUCUAAUAUCUUGUGCCUCAUCUUUAAAAAUGGGGAUCAUAGUAUUUUCCUGUUUAAAGUGCUUUGAGAGCAUGGGUCGAAAGUGCUACAGAAUUGCAGUGUGUUCACAUAUUAUUGCAAACCAUAGAUGAAACAUGCACUGUCCCUCCUAUAAGAGAAUUUCCCUCUACUACUGCACGUUCAUGAUUCCUUAAGCACUGAACUGAGCUAAACCCUAGAGCCAAAUUCUGUUCUUGCAUUUGCGCUUCUGCCACUGGUUAGUUCAACGCUGAGGAUAUGGAGAACAGGGGAAAGUGGGCUGAGGUGGUGAAACUAGCCAUGCAGUUUAGGUUUGGCUAUUCAUAAAAGGAAGAAGCUGGUGGAGCUGCUAGAAGGCAGGCUCCUUCAACUGGAUUGACCUGAAGCAUAAAGCAGAAAAUUGGGACUCUCCGGCUAAUCUCUCUGGAAGUGGCAACUUCUAGACUCCUGCGUGAAUUCCUGGCUCCAUUGUAGUCAAUGAGAUUA